CUCCGUUCUCCAUUCCCUUCCACUGCCCAUCAUGCUCCCUUCUCGAGCUACGGCGCGCCUUUGCUGCAGGUCAGCAUAUUCACGGCUGCUCCCCCAGCGGCGUUAUAACCACAGCCUCUUAUCGAACAAGUUCCUGAAGGUCUCCGAGGAAGUUCGGGAUGCGGUAGCAACGGGAAAGCCCGUCGUGGCCCUGGAAUCCACCAUCUACACCCAUGGUUUCCCAUACCCGGAGAGUGUCGCCUUGGCCUCAGUUCUCGAGUCGGUUGUCAGAGUCAACGGCGGUGUCCCCGCAACCAUUGGCAUCCUCGACGGUGUGGCCCGCGUUGGUCUGUCUGGAGACGAGCUUAUUGAGCUGGCCUCGACUGCCGAGAAAAAAGAUGCUCUCAAGGUCUCACGGAGAGACCUGGGCUAUAUCUGUGGUCUGGGCAUGGCUGGCAAGCGGCUUCACGGCGGCACGACGGUGUCAGGUACCAUGAUCCUUGCCCAUCUGGCUGGCAUUCGAGUCUUUGGAACUGGUGGUCUCGGCGGUGUUCACCGUGGUGGUGAGAACUCCAUGGAUAUCUCCGCCGAUCUCACGGAGUUGGGACGAACCCCGAUGGCGGUCGUGAGCUCCGGAUGUAAAAGCUUUCUGGACAUUCCCCGGACGCUUGAGUAUCUGGAAACAGAGGGUGUCUGCGCUGGAACGUUUGCCGAUGGUCGUGAGGGCGCCGUGGAUUUCCCGGCGUUCUUCACCCGAGACAGUGGCAUUAAGAGUCCCAAGGCCAUCCAGAAUGAGGCUGAGGCGGCGGCCAUCAUCUACGCGCAAACCAAGCUUCCUCUUUCGUCGGGAAUCCACUUCGCCAACCCCGUCCCUGUGGAGCAGUCCAUUGCGAAGAACGAAAUGGACGCAAUCAUCGAAGAGGCGAUCCGACUUGCUGAUGAAGAGGGUUAUCGCGGAAGUGACAACACCCCUUUUGUACUGUCUAAAAUCAAGCAACUUAGCGGCGGAAAAAGUGUUAUCGCCAACCGAGCUCUGGUCGAGGCAAACGUCCAGCGCGCAACGAAGGUAGCCGUGGAGCUUGCUAAAUUGGAAAAGUCCGAAGGAUCGCUUAACGAACGACAUAUGCCAGCAAUUUCCCGCACUGUGAACGCUGACCACGCAACCCCAGAGCCAGAGCUGGAGCAGCUCCACUCGACCAGUGAGAAUCCUACCGAAAAGCUCGACAAGGCCGAUGUUCUCGUUGCUGGCUCUCUUGCUAUUGACUUGUCCUGCGACUAUGCACCCUUCGCAGGUGCGAACAAGACCCCGAUCUCACACACGUCCAACCCCGCCGUCAUCUCCCAGAGCCUUGGAGGAGUGGGCUAUAAUGUCGCCAUCGCUUCCAGCUACCUCGGAAGCUCCGUUCUCUUCUGCAGCGUUGUCGGAGAGGAUCUCAGCGGCCGCGCCGCACUAUCAACCCUUCGCACCGCGGGGCUCACCACCCACGGCAUUCAGAUUCUCCCAGUCUCGGAUGGCGCCCGAACGGCCCAAUACAUCGCCGUCAACGAUGCCACCAAGAACCUAGUCAUGGCCAUGGCGGACAUGGGCAUCAUGGAGCUGCCGGAGAACGUCCUAGAUUUCGACGGAUUCUGGGAGCCCAUGAUCGCGCGCACCAAGCCCCAAUGGGUCGUCGUCGAUGCCAACUGGAGCCCCGACGUGCUGGCCAAAUGGGUUGCCGUGGCCAAGAAACACGGCGCCCGCGUGGCUUUCGAGCCCGUGUCUACGGCGAAAAGCUGCCGACUCUUUGGCAACGCUGGCGGCGUCAUCACCCCAUCCGCGGCAGUCCCCAACAACGGCAUCAGCCUCGCCGCUCCCAACCAAUACGAACUAGCUGCCAUGUACAUGACUGCGCGUGAGAACGGCCUUCUCGAAUCGGACGGCUGGUGGCGCAUCAUCGACGCCAUGGGCAUGUCGGCAUCCGGGUCGCGGGACCGCCUCGUGGCCAUGACCUCCGCCUCCUUGGUAGACCAAGGCAUUCCGCAGCAAAGCAUCCAGCUGACGCCCUUCAUUCCCUGCAUCAUCACGAAGCUGGGGUCGCAGGGCGUUCUCGUCACCCAGCUGCUGCGACCCGGCGAUCCCCGUCUGACCGCUCCCGAAUCCGUCCCGUACAUUCUCUCGCGCGCCCCGCCGACGGACGAGCUGAUCGGCGGCGUGUACCUGCGUCUGUUCCCUCCGGCGGCGGUGCUGAAAGACGAGGACAUCGUCAGCGUCAACGGCGCGGGCGACACGCUCCUGGGGGCCGUGAUCUCGGGGCUGGCGAAGGGCAAAGGCGCGGUUGAAGAUGUGAUUCCCCUUGCGCAGGAGGCUAGUCUUCGGACCCUGAAAAGUGCGGGAGGUGUCAGCAGCGAUAUCAUCACCUUGCGAGACAGUAUUCAUUAGACAUUUUUCUCUUACUUUUAUCUUGUUACCUUACCCUCGGCAUUUGGAGGUGUAGGAAAUUCGGAGUUACUCCCCCCCCC